AUGAAUUUUAAAGACUUGCAAUUCAAUAUUGGCAAACUAACGACCAACGUAAAAUCUCAAGUGGCAAGAAACAAUCCGCUGCAGAACCACGAUACACGCUCACUCAAUCUUUGGUUAUUUGAAGAGAGAAACGAUCUUUCCUUCAUGAGGACGACCGCUUAUCACCAUGCUGAAACAAACAAGGCCUUUUUGGAGUGGAUCAAGGAUGAGCUCGCGAAAAACAAGCUGCAUGAACACUACAGCCAGGAUAUAGAGGUACUAAGGGCAUUGGCAAAUAACAAUAUAUUACGUUCACUGAUGCUGGAUUUAAAGGACAUUGGAUCUACUUUGGCUCUGUUGCUGGACAAGCAAGUGGAGCUUGAGAAACAAUACACCGAGCGAUACAAGCUUUACAGACGCGCGAUUAAAUCAAUGCGUGAAAAGGAGGUCGAGUUGGCAGAUUUGCGAGAAAGGAAGCAAUCCAUUCAAGACCGCAUCAGCCACCUUUCCAAGUCGAAUUCCAAUUCCAAAAAGAUCCCAGAACUGCAAAAAGAAUUAGAGCAACUUCAAACCUGCGCAAAGGAAGCAGAGGCACACGAGUACAAGCGAUUCAUCAUGAAGGAGGCGUUUUAUUUGAGGUUUAAUGCGUUGCAAGAAUACGCUGAAAAAACGGCCAUUGUUGCAGGAUACGGUAAAUACAUUGUGGAUUUGUUGGAUGCUCAGAAUCAUGCCAGCAGUAACUGUGACAUGAUCCUCAAGGAUGCAUUGCUGACGGUGGAUGCGUGGAAACCAAAGGACGAGAGAGUGACGCUCACAGAGGAAGAUGUGAUAUUCCAACAUGAAGAUGACGAGGAGGACGCUUUGUUGCUCACAACAAACGGGAUGCAAAUCAAAAAGAAGGACCAGCAGCAGGAAAAGAAACCAGCUCCCACAGCGACUAGUGAUCCCUUGCAAUCACAAGGGCAACAAGGAACAUGUAUCGACGCUUUGAAUUUACCUGCAGUAACCCCAACAAGCAAUGCUACAUUAUGCAACAAGAGCCCUGACAUUGCACACACGCUUGAUCCCAGCACGAAAUCGGCAGCAGCUUCUGAUAGCCAAACGACAGAUUAUUACCACCGUCUCUAUCAAAACAAAAAGUCCGAGCAAAAGCAUACAUCCAUCCAGCACUAUCGCUCUUAUGCAGACUUUCAGAAUCAAUUCGAUAUCCCUUCUUCUCAUCUAAGCGGCAGUGGUGGUUUGGAUUCAGAAAAGCAAGAAUACUUUGCUGAGGCACCGCCUCCUGCGUACUCCAAUCCGAACCAUGCACAUUUUGCAAAUCAUGAAAAGAAGCAAUAA